AGAUUAAUUUUCUCACCCACUUCGUGGGGUUGGUGUGAUGAUGAAAUGAACCAUGUCUUAAUGUGCAUUUGGCCCAGAAGCUGGCACCUGGUGUGACUAUGGGUGCCCAGGUCAAGGCAAAUUAGGAUGGGCCAGAAGUAGCACGGGGACAUCCCAGGUGAUCAGACAACAAACUAUCUCACAGACAGUGAUCUCAACAGUGAGACAUGUGUGCUAGGUGCUGUGGGGGUGAUCCCUGCUUUCAUCCUUAUUGCCGUCUGAUCAGUCGCAUUCUGGUAUUGGCCACACCCAUUCUGCAAAUGCGUAAACUGAGAUUCAUAAAGGAAAAGUCACUUGCCCAGUUACUCUCGGGAGCCUUUGUACAUAUGUAAGGAGCCUCUAAUGACAGCAUCAUUUAGCCAGGGUCACUGCUUUCAUCCCCAAUACUUGCUAAAAGCAGGUGGAGCCAAGGCUCUUUCCUUUGGGGUGUUCUACUUAAGUGAGUCUGCUAUGAGCUUUGAGAAGCUUCUAGGUGCUGGCCCUGAGGUGAAUGGGUACAAGAGGCAUAUAAAGGGCUAGCAGAAGGGUCUGAGGCACUGCUCCUGGGGUCAGGAGUUAAGCUCACAGCUCUGCCUGUGUUUAUUCUCACUUAAUACCACCAGCCAAGGUGGCAAAAGGUGUCCCCAGUGUCGGCCAGCCCUACUGUCCAAAGUGUAUUUGAACCUGGGUUGGAUUUUUAACUUUGACCAAAAAGCUUUCUUUCCACAUAGAAAGGUCUCGUCUCUCCCAGCAGUGGAAGCUGUUACAGUAAUUAGGGUCCUCAGAUUCAGUGCCCAGAAUUAACAGCACGACCCAUAGAAUAUGCAGGAUCAGAGCAGAUGGCUAAGGAGGAAGGAAGGGGCCCCUCUGGGGCUGCGGAUUCUCACGGGAUGAGGCAUAAUGGAGUCUGAGGCUUGCAGGGUUCUGAAGAGGGAAGCUCGGGGUGCAGGGAGGAAAGCUGCUGUCUGCUGUCUUCAGGAGCAUUCCCUUUGACCUGUAAGCAACAGCACCCAGGAGCCGGGAGUCAGGGCAGUGGGGAGGAGCGGACUAGGGCAGCCAAGCCUGCUGAAAUCAGGGCAAAGAUUAGAGAAAUCCAAGCAAGACACUUCCCUUGUCUAGAUCUCAGUUUCCUCAUCUGCGAAAUGGAAAGCCUGGCCAGAAAACCCACCAGCAGGAACCCAGGAGUCUGUAAGACGGCUAUGUAGCAAGGAGCUGAUCUGGAAAGUAAUUAUGCAUGGCUCUCAACAGCAUCUCGCAGUCCCCAAAGCUCCCCCCUUGAAUCCUUCCUCAGCUGUGCACCUGCUACCAGCUACUACCACUCUGCCCUUGGCUGCAGCCACCCUCCUGCAGGUGUCCUACAGGUGAACAACCCAGCAUCUGGCCUGGAUUUAAGACUCUCUCAACAAUGCAAGAGUAUGUCUUGGAGAAUUAUAUCUCUGAUGAUUUCUUCAGUGAUUUUAGUAACUAUAGUUACAGCACUGAUCUGCCACCUAAUGUGCAAGAAUUUACCCCUUGCUGGCCGGAAGCCUUAGACACCAACGGUUAUGUUGUAGUUGUCAUGUACACUGUGGUGUUCCUGCUGAGCCUGCUGGGAAACUCCCUGGUGAUGCUGGUCAUCUUGUACAGCCGGAGCACCUGCUCGGUCACUGAUGUCUACCUACUGAACCUGGCCAUAGCCGACCUCCUCUUUGCCUUGACCUUGCCCAUCUGGGCCACCUCCAAGGUGAAAGGCUGGAUUUUUGGAACAGCCCUGUGCAAGGUGGUCUCACUCCUGAAGGAGGUCAACUUCUACAGCGGGAUCCUGCUGCUGGCUUGCAUCAGUAUGGACCGCUACCUGGCCAUUGUCCAUGCUACACGCACCUGGAUCCAGAAGCGCCACUUGGUCAAGUUUGUAUGCUUAAGCAUGUGGGGACUGUCUCUGAUUCUGUCCCUGCCCAUGUUACUGAUCCGUAAAACUGUCUAUGCAUCCAAUUCCAGCCCGGUCUGCUAUGAGGAUGUGGGUAACAGCACGACAAAGUGGCGCUUGGUGCUGAGGGUCUUGCCCCAGACCUUCGGCUUUGUCUUUCCCCUGCUGGUCAUGCUGUUCUGCUAUGGGUUCACCCUGUGCACGCUGUUCAAGGCCCACAUGGGGCAGAAGCACCGGGCCAUGCGGGUCAUCUUUGCUGUGGUGCUCAUCUUCCUCCUCUGCUGGCUGCCCUACAACCUGGUCCUGCUCGCAGACACUCUCAUGAGGACCCGUAUGAUUGAGGAGACAUGUGCACGUCGCAAUGACAUUGACCGGGCCCUGGAAGCCACGGAGAUUCUAGGCUUCCUGCACAGUUGCCUCAAUCCUAUCAUCUAUGCCUUCAUUGGUCAAAAGUUUCGUUAUGGACUCCUCAAGAUCCUGGCCACCCAUGGCUUCAUCAGUAAGGAGUUCCUGGCCAAGGAGAGCAGGCCUUCCUUCAUGGCAUCUUCUUCAGGAAACACCUCAACUACCCACUAAGCUCUCCUGUCUGAGUUGUAACCAAUCAGGCUGCCUGCUUCCCUUCCCCAUUUCAGUCCAAGUCUCCUGAGCACUGGCUGUUCCUGGUCUUACAGUCAACACAGCCUAUGUUGUGGUUAUGGGAUGUAGUGGAGGCCACAUCCUCACAGAGACUUCAAGACAUUGUUUGGGGAGCUUGCCCUGGCCCCUGGCACUUUCCAUAAUUACUGUGCCUCCCAUGGGAAUCUGUCCAGUCUACUGCUUGGCACAGAGUAUGCUGAUGAGAAGUACAAAUCAAAACCACAGAGAGAGAGAGAGAGAGAGAGAGAGAGAGAUAGAGCGCCAGGAUAUGGAUGAAUUAGAACUGAAUUGUAGGGCCCAGCGGCAUGACCUAGCAGCUAAAGUCCUCGCCUUGAACAUGCCAGGAUUAUAUAUG